AAGGUAGCCCAGAGGAUUCCCACAUCCUUGCCCCUCACACACAGUUGCCCCGAGUUUUAACGUCUUGUAUGAAUGUGCCACCUCUGCUACAAUUACUGCUCGCUACUGUUAACUGAAGUCCAUCCUUGCUCAGAUUUCCUCAGUUGCCUUUAUCCUCUUUCCACUCCAGGAUUCCGUCCAGGGGGCCUCAUUACAUUCGGUUGUCACGUCUCCUUCCCGAGUCUGAACUGGGGUGAAUUGCAGUCCUUGGUCCGAGAGUGGUGGCUGUGUUUAGCGGUGGCCUGGCCUUCCUUCCAGGGUGGGGUCGGAGGAGGCAGCACAGGGUCUUUCCGAAGAGCGGCCGGUGCUGGCUGGACGCAGCGGCAGGGCUGCAGCCUCACCGUUGAAUCCCAGCAUGCCUUCCGAGACAACCCAAGCCAAAGAAGGGUGUGCAGAGUGCCCCCACCUCUCAAAGGCACGCCUGGAGGAGGAACCCACAGAGGACAAGGAAGCCAAGGCGUGCUCAUGGAUCCUCCCGGAUACCCCCAGCAAGUGCUCCUGGCAGCUGGGCAGCCCGAGCGCCGACUCUCCACAUCACCAUGCUCCCUCGCUGAAAGCCUCUGAAAUCUUGCCAGAUAUCCUGCAUAAAAUUGGGGAUACCCCCUUGGUGAGAAUCAAUAAGAUCGGGAAGAAGUUUGGCCUGAAGUGUGAGCUCCUGGCCAAGUGCGAGUUCUUCAAUGCGAGCGGGAGUGUGAAGGACCGCAUUGCCGUGAGGAUGAUCGAGGACGCCGAGCGGGCUGGGAUUCUGAAGCCUGGGGACACGAUCAUCGAGCCGACAUCCGGGAACACAGGGAUCGGGCUGGCCCUGGCUGCCGCCGUGAAGGGUUACCGCUGCAUCAUCGUGAUGCCGGAGAAGAUGAGCAUGGAGAAGGUGGACGUCCUGCGGGCCCUGGGGGCCGAGAUUGUGCGGACACCCACCAAUGCCAGAUUCGACUCCCCUGAGUCACACUUUGGGGUGGCGUGGAGGCUGAAGAACGAGAUCCCCAAUUCUCACAUCCUGGACCAGUACCGCAACGCCAACAACCCCCUUGCUCACUACGACACCACUGCUGAGGAGAUCCUGCAGCAGUGUGACGGGAAGGUGGACAUGCUGGUGGCCUCAGCGGGCACGGGCGGCACCAUUACGGGCAUUGGCAGGAAGCUAAAGGAGAAGUGCCCUGGAUGUAGAAUCGUCGGGGUGGAUCCCGUAGGCUCCAUCCUGGCAGAGCCUGAGGAGCUGAACCAGACGGAGCAGACGGCCUACGAGGUGGAGGGCAUCGGCUAUGACUUCGUCCCCACGGUGCUGGACCGGAAGGUGGUGGACAAAUGGUUCAAGAUCACUGACCAGGAGACAUUCACCUUUGCCCGCAUGCUGAUCUCGCAGGAGGGACUGCUGUGCGGUGGCAGUUCGGGCUGUGCCAUGGCCGGGGCCGUGAAGGCCGCCCAGGAGCUGCAGGAGGGCCAGCGCUGCGUGGUGAUCCUGCCCGACUCGGUUCGCAACUACAUGUCCAAGUUCCUGAGCGACAAGUGGAUGCUGCAGAAGGGCUUCCUGAAUGAGGAGGACGUCCUGACGAAGAAGCCAUGGUGGUGGCACCUCAGAGUCCAGGAGCUGAGCCUGCCAAUUCCGCUGACGGUGCUGCCCACGGUCACCUGUGAGCACACCAUGGAGAUCCUCCGCGAGAACGGCUUCGACCAGGCACCCGUGGUCGAUGAAUCAGGGGUGAUCCUGGGGAUGGUGACUCGUGGGAACAUGCUGUCGUCCCUGCUCGCUGGGAAGAUUCAGCCAUCGGACGAGGUCCGCAAAAUCAUCUACAAGCAGUUCCAACAGAUUUUCCUGACUGACCCGCUAGGCAAGCUCUUGCACAUCCUGGAGAUAGACCACUUCGCCCUGGUGGUCCACGAGCAGAUCCAGUACAACAACAACGGGAAGUCCAGUAAGAGGCAAGCAGUGUUCGGGGUGGUCACUGCCAUUGACCUGCUGAAGUUUGUGGCUGCCCGGGAGCAGGACCAGAAGACCAAGUCAGGAAGUGUCCUGGAUCCCUGAGCUGCGGGGGCAGUGGCCCAGCCCUGACACCCACCCACUGUCGGCUCGGGGUCCAGGCUCUCUUGCUUUUCGUCAACACUAAACAAACAGAUGUGCGAUUUCUCCCCACCUGGCGCUGGGCAUCGCUCUAGCGUGACAGGUAUCGAGUAGCCGGGGCCAGCUCAAAUGUUAGUCUCCCUUUAGUAACAUCUGGCUACCUGAAUGAAUGUAUUUAUGGUUUGUUAGAUCAGAUGUGCUUUUCUUUAACUUUCUCUUACAAUGUUUCAACAAGGAAAUCUCAUUAAAAGAGAACUCAGCCAGGCAGACGAACCCCAGGCAGGGAAUGGGCAGCGUGGAUGAGACGGGGAGGGCCUUUGAUGGAGAAGAUCCAGGAUGGGGAGCAGCCGAGGGGGCUGAGGAAGUGGGGAUCGGUUCCCUGGCCCUUCUCACGGCAGGGCCGUCCGCUCGGGGCUGGGUGGUUAGAGUGGCUUGACGGGUUUUUUAAUCGAGGUGAAAUUCACAUAACCUAAAAUGAACAGUUUUAAAAUGUCCAAUUUGGUAGUGCUUAUUAACGUCCCAAUGUUGUGCGGCCAUCACCUCUACCAAGUUCCAGGACAUUUGAUCACCCCAUUAAGCAGUCUCUCCCCUCGUCUCCUGGCAACCACUAAUCUACUUUCUGUCAUUUACCUACUUUGGAUAUUUCAUAUAAAUGGAAUCAUACAA